GUGGCUGCGCGGCCCGGGGCGCCAUGGGCGAGCUCCCCUUCUUCAGGGCGCACACAGCCUUGCACCCGGACCACCUGUGGAUCUGGGAGAGGUCCGUGUACGUGGACGAGAACCAGCGCACCUGGCUGCCCAUUACCAUCGAGACGGAGAGUAGCCUCCAGGUCCUCAUGCGUCAGGAGAACGUGUCCCUGGGGGAGGCCGUGUGCCCCAGCCUGCUGGCCCCAUGCCCUCUGCCUUCCAUGUGGCAGCUCUACCCGGGAAGAAGAUACCGAGGCUCAGACUCGAGUUUCUGGCGCAUAGUGUACCACAUCGAGGCAAGUGUGUCCUUCUCCUGGGAGCUGUUGGUCCUCCUGGGUGGCCUUGCCCUGCCACCCCCCAGGUCUGGCCGCUGA